AUGACUCGUUACAGAGUUACCAAGACUACUUCCAAAUCCUUUGGAAAGAAGCCCAUGACUCCGGAGCGCAAAAAGGCACCUCCCAGACAGGAUAGCCCUAACGCGAAUGAUCCUCGCAACAGGACUUCUUACCAUCCUGAACAGGCCGGUUGGUCGUGGACCAAUCUUCCCGAUAUUCUCUAUCAGUUCAGUCCCGAGGACAAGGAGAAAGGAGCUAGAGACCCAGGCCCGAUGUCGUACCCUAUCCACGGGAAGUACCUACGCAACCUCCCGGUUCUGCCGGACAACAUCUCAUCCACCGUGGAAGAAUUCCGCGUUGAAGCAUGGCAACGUUUGGAUGAGCGCAUUUACCUCGACGACAUAACAGCUCGCAUGCAUCCUGACUUCAGGAUCAAGAAUAAUGCGCUUCAACAGCGUGGAGUGCGCUUCCGUCAGGCCUUUAACAUCAUCGCCUGGCGCUCGGGAAACAAGCGCAGCGCACAGCUUGAGGCCGAGCUCAUGCAGAAAAUGACUGUUCUUGGCUUGGACGUGAGCUUAAACUCCACCCGCGGCAUUACUCCUGGUCUCAUAGACCCCAGCCGUGGUGAAUCCGGUGGUCGAGUGCCGAUACCAGCGUGCUGGCGGCAGAGGAAACUUGGUUCUGACGGACACAUGCCUACCCAGCAGCCUCUCACUACAGAGCCAAUUACCAUGGAGUUGGAAAUUCGCCCGAAGAAGACCGACGACCUGCCUAAGGUUUCGGAUGGCUUUGAGAUUUCGGAUGAUGUCUCUGAGCACGUAGCUGGAGUAAUCCAGUUAAUUCACGAGUUUACCGAAUUUGACCCAGAACACAAUCACCCGGAAAAUGCUCUUCCUGUAAUCAGGGGCCUCGUCCCCGAUGAGCAACUCCCUGGCACGGUGAGAAUGCAGGAUCUCCCCCUCUUAACAAAUAGCGACAGGAUCGAGCACCGAUCCAAACAAGGUUGGACACCCAGUUCGGCCAUUUCGAACUCUGAGUUCUGCAAUUUGUUUUGCCGAGAACCUGCUCCUUUGCGAUACGAAGAAUUUAUUGAUUUUCCUAUUGAGUCUUUUGAUGGCCCAAGCAAACCUCAAACGCCAACAAGUGGCUUGUUCCCUUUCACAAGCCCAAUGGAGCUGGACUUGCUCCCCGAGGGCAUACAGAAGAAUGUGUUCGAUGAUAUGCUGAUGGAAUACUACAAGGGUGAGCGUUACAUUCCUGAAAUGCCCUGGAUCUCGGUUUGA